CUGGACGUGCCGGGGCUAAGGAAGGAUGACGUGAAGAUCGAGGUUGAGGAGAACCGGUUCUUGAGGCGGUUUCGGCUAUCGGCAAACGCUGAUCUUGAUGCCAUAAAAGCCCACCUUGAGGAUGCUGCGCUAAAGAUCAGUGUGCUUAAGCUUGCGGAGGACAGGAAGCGGCAACCUAAGGCAAAUCGACUCCAAAUCGCCGUGCCUCAUGACGAUGAUGUGCUGGAAGAUGAGUCCAUUGCUUCACUCAGACUGCGGUGCGGCAACGAGGGUAUCGACAGCGAGGAAGAAGACGACUAA